AACUCUUCUUUGUCACAGAUUUCAUUUUCUGCAAUAAUCCAAAAACCAGUGGAAAAAUUCAAGUGUCGAGGUAACCAGGUGAUGCUAAUUUCCGUGUUGGCCUACAAAACUACUCAUCGCUGCAGCACUCCAUUGCGCAUGACGAUUCACUUGGUACAAUGGCGCCUCUAGAUCUGGAUAAAUAUGCGGAGAUUGCAAAACAGUGUAAAUACCUUCCAGAAAAUGACCUCAAGAGGUUAUGUGACUACGUGUGUGAUCUCCUGCUGGAGGAGUCCAACGUCCAGCCUGUCUCUACUCCUGUGACAGUAUGUGGGGACAUACAUGGACAGUUCUAUGAUCUCUGUGAGCUCUUCCGGACCGGAGGACAGGUUCCAGACACAAAUUACAUCUUUAUGGGGGACUUUGUUGACCGGGGAUACUACAGUCUGGAGACGUUCACCUACCUGCUGGUGCUGAAAGCCAAAUGGCCCGACCGCAUCACACUUCUCCGUGGAAACCAUGAGAGCAGACAGAUCACACAAGUUUAUGGCUUUUAUGAUGAGUGCCAGACCAAGUAUGGGAAUGCAAAUGCGUGGCGUUACUGCACCAAAGUGUUCGACAUGUUAACAGUUGCAGCUCUGAUGGACGAGCAGAUCCUGUGUGUCCACGGAGGCCUCUCCCCAGACAUUAAGACCCUGGAUCAGAUUCGAACCAUCGAGCGGAACCAGGAGAUUCCCCACAAAGGAGCAUUUUGUGACCUGGUGUGGUCAGACCCUGAAGACGUGGACACCUGGGCCAUCAGUCCCAGAGGAGCUGGAUGGCUUUUUGGUGCAAAGGUCACAAAUGAGUUUGUUCACAUCAACAACCUGAAGCUGAUCUGCCGGGCACAUCAACUCGUCCACGAAGGAUACAAGUUCAUGUUUGACGAGAAGCUGGUCACGGUGUGGUCGGCUCCUAAUUACUGCUAUCGCUGUGGUAACAUUGCCUCCAUCAUGGUCUUCAAAGACGCCAACACGAGAGAGCCGAAGCUCUUCAGAGCAGUGCCUGACUCCGAGAGAGUCAUCCCACCCCGAACUACGACACCUUACUUCCUGUGACCACAUUAAAACUGACACAACAGUGCACAGACACUGACUGGGACAGGGGCAUCAGCAUGUGUAAACGCAUAUGAAUGUUGUAUAGUGCAUUUAGAGUAUUUACAGUGCAUCUCCUGUUGCCAGCUGUUAUUCCCAGUAUGUGCAUAUGAUGCCAUUAUUAUUCUGAAGCUUGAAUCACACUGAGACAUGGCAGCCAAGUGAGUUAGCUCAGUAGCUUUGCUGUGCUGUUUAAGUGUCUGAGAGGAAGAAUGAACAGUGCACAACUGACACCUGUAAAAUGUUCAUAUUUAUAAACUUCAAUUUUACUUUGCAAUAAAAAGUCACUGAGCUAGUUGCAGGUGCAGUGUUAAACACAACAUAUCAUUUAUUUUGUUAUGGUAAUGUAUUAAAGCUGGAUGUAAGAUAAUCAAGAACUGCACAAAAGCAACAACUGCAUCUAUUCUGUCACAUUUCAAUGGCGUUAUACAGUUUGUGUUAUUAUGUGAUCUUAUAAAUAAACAGAGAGUUGAUGUGUAAAAAAUUAAAUAUACCUGUAUGUUAGAGGGUUGUGACACCUGUUAAAAGAAAUCUCUAAUUUUCAGAUUUUGAAUCAGCACUUGUAAUUAUUAUUAUUUUUCUGUGUCACCAUGUUUUUAAAUAAAGAAAUCCAAAAAUUGUA